GCGGACGUUGGUGAACGACGAAGGACUUCCUAAUGUCUGCACCGCAUGGUCCGCACUCACAGCACGAGACCAAGCGGCAUGGCAGAUGGCAAGCAGUGGUUGGCACGGUUGCUGGCCCGCAGCGAGGAGGUGUUGGGGGAUGUGAUGCUCUCCCUCAACGAUGGUUGGCUGGCUCGUCGCCUCCGCCGAUCCCCACAACUCUAUCAGCAGUUUCGUGCAUCAGGGAUGUCGUUGCGGGAAUUCAAGCAGAGCUCCGCGGGCCGCUCGCUGUUGGAAGAGGAGUUGGACAGGCUGUGUGCACUGUGCACCUCAAUCUCAUCCACAACCGCCACCACGCUUGCGCGUAAUGUCAGCGAACGGAUGUCUUCCCAGCCUUCUGCACCACAACUUGUCAGCAAAGGGGAAGGAGCCGAGAUGCUCGCUGAACUGCUGUGCUCCAUAGGCAUGCUACACAUGCAACUGAGCGGGCCUUCCUCCGGCCUCCCAUUUACCUCGGCGGCAGCCUUGGUGGACUCAAGCAAUUCGGAGCUGCAGUGGAUCCACAAACACGUCCAGCGCUUCGCACGCAUCGAGACAGAACAAGCAGCUCUUCGAUCGCAGCCAGCGCUACCGCGGCGCACCUGCCCACCAUAUGCGGCGGUGCCAGUGGAGGACGCAUCAUCGCUGACAGUGGAGCGGUUUCGCCACGAGUACGCCAACCGCCGCAGACCCGUCGUCAUCCGUGGACUCAGCGCCGCCGUGCUCGAGGGCGCAUGGACGCAGGAGUGGGUUCGCACCAUGGUCGGCCAUCGGAAGGUGACACUGCGCAAGGAGAAUCGCAAGUCCUUGCAGUGGGCGCGGCUGGAUGCGGCUGAAACCACCACCAUAUCCGACUUUCUCGACAAGCGACAUGCAGCAUACAAGAAGCACUACGUCUUUGACCAGAGCCUUCAACUGCAUUUACCAGAGCUUAUGGCACACUUCCACAUCCCCAAAUAUUUUGAACAUGAGUUUCUUCACCAAUUGGAACCAAACAGCAAGUAUGCGAGGUCGUGGCCGAGUUUGUUCAUUGGAAACGCGGGCGUUGUGAGUGAUUUGCACGUGGACGCAUUUGCCAGCAACUUUUGGAUGUUUCUUGUGAGCGGCGUGAAGCGGUGGAUCUUCUUUCCACCCGGUGACACACCGAAACUCAACCCCGAUCUCACCGAAGCCGGACAACUUUCGUUCAAGGUGCACCCGUUUGACCAUUCACCAGGAGAGGCGUGUCCGCAUGACUUGUAUGCUUGCACGCAACCGCUCAUGUGCGAUCUUCAAGCUGGCGAACUGCUGUUUGUUCCGUCCGGUUCCCCGCAUGCCGUCCAGAACAUCACAGACUCCAUUGCAGUGUCUGGCAACUUUGUUGACGAUUCCAACAUCGAUGCUGUGCUGGAAGCGUUGCGCGUGGACAGGCUUGUUGAUCCUGGCGCGGAGGGUGUGUUGCGGCAGCUGAGCAGGCGAAAGGAAACAGCUGUGACCAAAGAACUCGCAGCAUCAGCAGCAACGACGACGGCCACGCCUGCAGAGGAGGCAGCAGCGACAACGGCAACAGCAGGAGAGGUAGCGACGCACGAGACGCAGGAGUUGCUGCCAGAGAAACGAGCAAAGCAGGAAGAGUGAGUGUUCCUCUUUGCAUCAUGUACAUCGCGCUGUUGCGAGCUGGCGUUGGUCAGCACUGUGCGGUUGUUGGAUGCGAAUGGAGAGUUACGGCCACGCGAGUGUCGAUGUUUAUUCGCACAAACAUGAAACAACAACGCCA